AUGCCAUUGCCUUCUAAUAUCAGUCAGCUUCCGUCUAAGGAAGUUUAUAACAAAGUCAAGGGACUUAUUUUUGGUGCUGCACUCGGUGAUGCGAUUGGCCUUUCCACAGAAUUUUUUAGUAAGAGCCAAGCCAGAGAACUGUAUGGUCUUGGACCAAUAAAGUUUGGUACAGAGGAUGGAUAUCCUUUCUACCUAGACAACCACAGGGCCAGAUGGCAAAGCGGUGAUUGGACUGAUGACACUGAUCAACAAAUUCUCCUCGUUCAAUCACUUCUUUCACAAAAAGGCCGCUUACUUACCAAAGACUUUGCCAACAGACUAAAAAUUUGGGCAAAAGAUGGCUUUCCAGAACUUGAUGACAAACCACCAUUUGGCAUCGGUUUGACUGUCGGUUCGGUGCUCUCGCACCCUAAAUUCCUUUUCGCUCCUCAUCAAGCAGCAUGGGAAGUGUGGAAUCAGUUUGGCAAAAAUAUGGCCGCGAAUGGAGCGUUAAUGCGAACAGCUGUACUAGGCGUACCUUAUUUUUGGGAUGAGAAACAGGUGAUUAAACAGACUUUACAAGCGACCAAAGUUACUCAUGCUGAUCCAAGGUGUUGUGUCGCAAGCGUGAUAUGUACUGUCAUCGUUUCGAGAAUAUUGAGAGGAGAAACGCAAGGCUCUGGUGAGGAAAUAAAAGACGAAGAUGUGAUAAACUGGAUGCGAUCAGGAAUACCAGGAAAUCGCCCCGAAGAAAACAUAGAUAACGAGGAAAGUGUGAGCGAAGUGCCGACGGCAGAACAAAACGAAGCAGUACCAAGGCGCUCGAUUGCGAGGAGACUUUCGGAUUUUGGUAAUUCAUUGCUUGGCAGAUCUUCAAAUGAAAGAACCCCCAGAUGGGUAACAAGACUAUCUACGAGACCACAAUUCACUCCCCGACAGAAACCGACAAUACCGAAUAAUCCUCCUCCCGGGAUGGAUACUUUUGGCGCGGAUGAUGAGAUGUUGACGUUGACCCAAAACGUAGUCAAUAAGUAUAAAUUUAUGGUCGUCGCGCCAAUGGAUAAUGAGACCGAAGAGACGGAUCCAGGACGUAUUAGACCGAAUUUAAAGACUAAUUCUGGUGAAGGAGAAUUGUUACAGCAUUGCUUUCCUCCAAAUAUUGCCGCACUCGAUCUAGACGAACAUAAUGCUAUUGGAUACGUGUAUAAAUGUCUUGGAUCCGCGCUUUAUUGCUUCACGCGUGAUCUGUCCAAAUGCGACAGCGAGGGCGAGGCAUUUAAGAGAAUCAUUACGGAACUCGUGUUAGAGGCUGGAGAUUCUGAUACGAAUGGUGAGUAUUAUUUAGACGAGAUGAUUGCAAAUUACACUGACAAAUAUAACUGA